AAUAGCGAUUUUCCUUACUGAGGAGUUGGCAACACUGCCCCUGUUGGUUGACGUCUUGUUGGGUCGAGCUGUCAUCUUUGCUAGCCGCCGCAUUAGCCACUGUUUUGUUUUGUCAUGACAGGAGCGUGCAGUCCUCGUACAGAACAGGGCUGGUAAAGACAUCACUUCUUCGGGUGUCCACCUUUGGGGAGGAACAGAGGACAGAAAUCUGCACGUGUCACAUUAAAGUGAGAUGAAAUGACAACGUCAACAUUACAGAAAGCCAUUGAUCUUGUCACUAAAGCCACAGAGGAGGACAAGGCGAAAAAUUAUGAGGAGGCUCUGCGCCUGUACCAGCAUGCUGUGGAAUAUUUCCUACAUGCCAUAAAAUAUGAGGCCCACAGCGACAAGGCGAAGGAGAGUAUACGAGCAAAAUGUAUGCAGUACCUGGACAGAGCAGAGAAACUGAAGGACUAUCUGAAGAAUAAAGACAAACAGGGCAAGAAGCCUGUCAAAGAAGCACAGAGCAAUGACAAGAGUGACAGUGACAGUGAGGGUGAAAACCCUGAGAAGAAAAAACUGCAGGAACAGCUUAUGGGUGCUAUUGUAAUGGAGAAACCCAAUGUGAGGUGGAAUGAUGUUGCUGGGCUGGAAGGAGCUAAGGAAGCUUUGAAGGAAGCAGUCAUCCUGCCCAUCAAAUUUCCUCACCUUUUCACAGGCAAACGGACCCCAUGGAGAGGCAUCCUGCUCUUCGGUCCUCCGGGAACAGGGAAGUCAUACCUGGCCAAGGCGGUGGCCACCGAGGCCAACAACUCCACCUUCUUCUCUGUCUCCUCCUCAGACCUCAUGUCGAAGUGGCUGGGAGAGAGUGAGAAGCUGGUGAAAAACCUGUUUGAUCUAGCUCGCCAGCACAAACCUUCAAUCAUCUUCAUCGACGAGGUGGACUCUCUGUGCGGCUCGAGGAACGAGAAUGAAAGCGAGGCUGCCCGCCGCAUCAAGACAGAGUUUCUGGUCCAGAUGCAGGGUGUCGGAAACAACAAUGAUGGCAUUCUGGUGCUCGGAGCCACCAACAUCCCCUGGGUGCUGGACGCCGCCAUCCGCAGAAGAUUUGAGAAGCGUAUCUACAUCCCUCUGCCAGAGGAGCCGGCUCGGGCUCAAAUGUUUCGCCUCCAUCUGGGCAACACACCGCACAGCCUGAGCGAGGCCGACCUGCGGCAGCUCGCCCGCAAAACAGAAGGCUACUCCGGUGCCGACAUCAGCAUCAUCGUCCGGGAUGCUCUCAUGCAGCCCGUUAGGAAGGUCCAAUCUGCCACACAUUUCAAAAAGGUCCGCGGUCCAUCCCGAAGCAACAACCAGUUGAUGGUGGAUGACCUCUUGACGCCAUGUUCCCCUGGCGAUCCUGGGGCUAUAGAGAUGACCUGGAUGGACGUGCCUAGUGAUAAGCUACUGGAGCCCAUAGUCUGCAUGUCGGACAUGCUGCGCUCUCUGUCCACCACCCGCCCCACAGUUAACACCGAAGACCUUCUCAAAGUCAAGAAGUUCACAGAGGACUUUGGGAUGGAGGGCUGAGAGACAGAGCCCCACGUCUCCCGCUCCAUCCCCAAGUCCAGCAGAAGGGUCAGACUGCUCCCAGUACCAACACUCCACCCCUCUCCUCUGCACCAUCCUGUAGGCUUUCAUCUUCAGCUGAGCACUUGGUUCACUGCCUCUCCUGGAUUUAUAACAUGGCGCCAGUCUGCAUCUUCGUGUCUCGUCCAGGCCCGGAUGUUUGAAUCCCUGGAGGACAUUGACCAAAUGCAGAAGUAGAAAAUCUCAGUGUGAUUUGGUAGCUGGACUGUAGACUUCCUCCCCUGUCGCCUCUGCGUUUUUCCCCACCCUUUACAGACUGUGCUCCGUUACAGCAUAUUCACUACAAGAACUGUUCAUCUGCGCCGCAUUUAAUGUGAGGAAAUGCAUAAAGUUUGUCCCACUGUGAGCCUGUCUCGUCUCCGACCGAAGGGCCAUACAUUCUGCUGCCGUCAUGCAACUCCCUUUGGUAUCGCCAUGAAGGACAGUGAAGAGAAGACGUUAGUUGUUCUGCCAGGCAUGCGGAAGUGUGAAAGCAUUUAAGUGUUUUUAUUAAACUUGUUUCUGUUUAAUGUUUCUGUCUAAAUGUUAUUUUGAUAUUUAAUGCAGUUAAACCAAGUGAGCGUGUCUGGUUGAGGCCUGUAGCUCCGUGCUCGCAACAGUCUGAGUGAAGCAUUUACAUUACCAGAGAUGUGCUUGACUGGGAGCCAAGUGCAGCAGUUCCUCAAUCUGAAAAUACUAAGAGUGAUAAUUUAAAUGAGAUGGGGGAAAAAAUCAGUAUUUCCUGCUUUUCUCUGUUUUCUGUAACUUGAAUGUCUUUUAUUUUGAAAAGGAUGUACACUCUGGGAGAUGGAUGAUUGUCAUUGAAAAGCCAUUUGUUAACACAGCAUUUAAUCAACAUGAACAAAAAAGCAACGAAUACUUUAAAAAAAUAGAUUUUUAAGAAAGCCCAAGUGCUGAUCAAUGGCUCUAUUUUUUUUCCUUAUUUUUUCUUUUCGAAGCGAAUAAACUGAUAGACGAUGCAUCAACACUUCCUGUUUUGAAGCAGCAGUUGGUGGGAUUGGUAGCUUUUCUGGAGCAUUGGCUGUACAUAAAUGAUGGACAUGGCCACGGUGAUGUCAUUCAUUGGCUUCAGUCUUCACAUAUUGAAGCCCAAGUAUUAGCUGCUAAAAGUUUGUGGUGUUUUUGAAGACACAGCUGCAGCACCCAUAAGUUAAAAUCCAAUCAGGUGAAUAAAAAAAAUUUCACCUGCUAUAGAAACCAAAGCUUGUUCUCUGUAACUGGCCAUACUGGCGGUGCAUUUAGAGCGUGGCUCAAGUGGCCAUUAGUAAUGCAGUUUUUGGAUCUUUGCCAUUGGCUUCCUUUUUUUCAGCUGUGGUCAGUGAGGCUUGUUCUGGAGUUUUCAAACUAAAACAGCUACCGUGGGGCAAACAGUCACACUUUCGCUUCAUGUUUAGGAGGCCGUUACG